AUGCCUGGGAAGGAUGAGAGGCACUUUGUUGCCAUGAAGAUGGACGGAGCUGUUUGUCUCAGGGGCAUCAUGACCAGACGACUGAGCAGCUCGACCCGUUCCCAGACGGAGGACUCCGUCUUCCUAAAGCCAGACGAAGACCCCAUAUGGCUGGAUGACCCUCCAACGACAGACGGCGACCCCUCUCAACCAGGAGAUGGCCCCCCGGGCCUUGAUGAACCCCCAGGACCAGGGACAGGUCCCCCAGGGCCCCAGAGACACCCAGAAGAACUGUGGAGGGACAAGUUUUACACCAUCGUCAUGGGGAUGCACUGGUGUGCCGUGUUCUGCACAAUCUCCCAAAUCACGGGUUAUUGGGCCUUCUUCGUGGUGGAUGGUAAUAGGCUUUUCUCAGCCUUCUACAAAUCCCUGCAGCUCCUAGACUUCUACCUGGGCGUCCUCCUAUCAUUCAACCCUGUGUUUGGAGUGGACUCCCUGUGCGUGAUGGUGGAGGUGGAGAAAACCAAUAACUACUGGGUCCUGCAGGCCACUGAAGGCAUUGGCAUGGCUAUCAUUGUCUUCAUGAUCAUGCGCACUGUGUGUAAGUUGGUGUACGGUGAUUCAUGGUGGUCAGCGGCGAUGGUGUCUGACCAUGGGGACAGACGUCAGUCGGUGAGUCGCCAGCCUUCCUUCACCCUGUCGGAGUGGACAGACGCCCAGGAGGACCUGAUGGACCUGGAAGCUGAACCCCAGACCCCCAUCUUUGACCUGGGCCUGGACACCAGGACAGAGGGGGACAUCACCACCCUCUCUGUUACACCUGUGGGCCUGCAGGAGAGGAGGGGCUCCAACGUGUCUCUGACCCUGGACAUGUGUUCUCCUGGCUGUACGGAGCCCUAUGGCUACGGAGCCCAGCUCUCCCCCAGAGACCAGACUGCCAAGGAGUACCUGAGGGAGGGAACAAACACUCUCACCCCUAGCCAGCUCCACACACGCGCUAUAGACGACCAGGCCCUACAGGCUGAGUUCUAUGAAACUCCCAUGAACUUUGUGGACCCAAAGGAAUAUAACUACCCGGGCCUGGUGAGGAAGAACCGCUACAAGACCAUCCUCCCCAACGCACACAGCAGAGUGAUACUCCGGACAGCAGAUGAAGAGGAGUUCCUCAAUACCUACAUCAACGCUAACUACCUACAGGGUUACGGGGGUGAGGAGCGGGCGUACAUCGCUACCCAGGGUCCUACAGUCAACACAGUGGGAGACUUCUGGAGGAUGGUGUGGCAGGAACGCUGUCCCAUCAUCGUCAUGAUCACUAACCUAGAGGAGAAGAAUGAGAAAUGUGCAGAGUACUGGCCUGAGGACUCUGUGACCCACGAGGGCAUCGAGAUCAAGGUUGUCACGGUAACCCAGGAGGACGACUACAGCCUGAGGGUCUUCACUCUGAAGUUUGAUGGAGAGGAGCGCACCCUCAGGCAGUACUGGUACACCUCCUGGCCUGACCAGAAGACCCCAGACAAAGCCCCGCCCCUCCUGGAGCUGGUAGAGGAAGUGGAGCAGGCCAGAGCGGAAGCUCCGCCCACCAGCGGCCCUGUCAUCGUCCACUGCAGUGCUGGGAUAGGUCGGACAGGCUGUUUCAUCGCCACCUCCAUCCUGUGUAAACAGCUGAGGAGUGAGGGCAUGGUCGACAUCCUGAGGACCACCUGCCAGCUCCGCCUCGACAGAGGCGGGAUGAUCCAGACGGGUGAGCAGUACCAGUUUGUUCACCACGUCCUCAGCCUCUACGAGAAGCAGCUGUCCCACAUUGUAGAGGAGUAG